GAUGUAACUUUUAUUAAUUUUUGAAACAAAAAACUUAACAUGCAUUUUAAGUAAAUAGCAAAUCAUUCCUUCAUAAUUAUAUGUAUAUUAUAUGAACUUAAAGUAUACGUAGUAUCAAUAUAAAUAUUUUGAAAUAAAAUGAAAAAUAUAAACUAGAAAUAUAAGGUUAGUAAUACAUAUGUUCGGUUAUCUUCCGAUAUCCAUUCAGGUUUGGAUAUCCAAUCUCUCAUAAUUCAAUACGGGUUUGGAUUUCGGUUCGGAUUUUUCGGAUCGGGUUCAGAUAGGGAUUUGGGUAAAAUGCCCACAUCUAAACAGAGGCUAAACUGCAGGUCCUAAUCACAUUAGGCUAAUCUCAAAAACAUGCACCAGCCGCGAUAGAGCGCGUGAAAGUUUAAAGAGUCUCAAGUUCAUCACCUACUAAGAGAAAGAGAAGGAGGAAGAGAUAUCAUUAAGCAACACGGAAACGUCUCGGCAACUUCCUUCCUUUCACGCGUUUCAAGUCUCUUUAUAUAAUAACUCUCCUUCCCCUCAUUAAUUCUCUCUCAAAUUCUCUUCUGGGUUUCCUAAAUUCUCAACCUUUUUCUCCAAAUUCGGCUUCUUAAAAUCAUGGUUCGCUGUAGCAACAACCUCGUUGGCAUACUCAACUUCAUCGUCUUCCUCCUCUCUAUCCCCAUCUUAGCUGGAGGAAUCUGGCUUAGCCAAAACGGCUCAACGGAGUGUGAGGGUUUCCUCGACAAACCCCUGAUCGCUCUCGGAGUUUUCCUCAUGGUUGUAGCGAUCGUUGGUUUGAUCGGUUCCUGUUGCAGAGUCACAUGGCUUCUCUGGACUUACCUCUUUGUCAUGUUCCUCUUGAUUCUCCUCGUCUUCUCCAUAACUGUUUUCGCCUUUGUUGUGACUAACAAGGGCGCAGGAGAGAAGGUUUCUGGGAGAGGGUAUAAAGAGUAUAGACUUGGAGAUUACUCUAACUGGUUGCAGAAACGUGUGAACAGUGACAAGAACUGGAAUAAGAUUAGGAGUUGUCUCGCUGACAGCAAGGUUUGUUCUAAGCUUGAAGAUAAACUUGUUGGUGUUCCUGUCAACAACUUCUACAACGAACAUCUUACUGCCCUUCAGUCUGGUUGCUGCAAACCCUCAGAGCAAUGCCAAUUCACGUACGUAAGUGCCACAAACUGGACCAAGACGGCCGGAACACAACCAAAUCCAGACUGCCAAAGCUGGGACAACGCACCAAACAAGCUCUGCUUCGAUUGCCAAUCUUGCAAGGCGGGUCUUCUCGACAACGUCAAGAGCGCAUGGAAGAAAGUUGCAGUAGUCAACAUCAUCUUCCUUGUCUUCCUUAUCAUUGUCUACUCUGUUGGCUGCUGUGCUUUAAGGAACAACAAGAGAGAUGGCAGUUAUGGCUAUGGAUAUAAGCCUUGAAGGCUUUCAAAGUGUUUUAGAACAGAGAUUCGUUCAUUGUUCUUUAAUUCAGCAGUACUGGAGUUUGCUUUUAUGUUUUAUGGGUUUACUUCUUGGUGAUUUGAGACCUAUUGCUUGUACAGCUCUCUUAUGAUACUUGUUAGUGUGUUCUGGCUUAACCAUGAUAUAUAUUUAUUUAUUAUAUGUUCUUUUUGAUA